CGGAUGCAUAGCGGUUUAUAUUCAGCCCCCUGAAGGCGCGUAACUCAGUUUGAAUUUGGUGAGGUCGUGCGUGUUUUGUGGUAGAGUAACGGUCUCCCAAAAUUUACAAAAUGGCUGGAGGUAAAGCAGGAAAAGACUCCGGGAAGGCGAAAGCAAAGGCUGUUUCGCGCUCACAGAGGGCUGGACUACAGUUUCCAGUAGGUCGUAUUCACAGACAUCUGAAAUCCAGGACCACUAGCCAUGGACGCGUCGGUGCCACUGCCGCGGUGUACAGCGCUGCUAUUCUGGAGUACUUGACUGCUGAGGUGCUUGAGUUGGCGGGAAACGCAUCGAAAGAUCUGAAGGUGAAGAGAAUCACCCCACGCCACUUGCAGCUUGCCAUUAGAGGCGAUGAAGAGCUGGACUCCCUAAUUAAGGCGACUAUUGCUGGUGGUGGUGUUAUACCCCACAUUCACAAGUCUCUUAUUGGAAAGAAGGGACAGCAGAAGACCGUGUAAACAGAUUGUUGUAUGAAAGCCGUCUCAGGACAUGAAAGUGUUCCGUUUUUUUGUUUGCCCUGUAGAUUAGCAUUUUAAAACUUUAUAUUGUACGUCUUUGCAUUUACUCAUUUCUGGGGUAUUUUUUCAAACGUGGCUUCAGAGAAGCUCUUUUUCCUCAUUUUAUGAUGCUUGGCAUAGUCUGUGUACCCUUUUUAAUUUGCAGUGUGGCAUUUGGCUUUUGAACUUGUGAAGUUUAUGGAUUUUAUUUCAAUAAAGCUCAGAAUGCCAUGCU